CAGUCUUCUCCUCUCGUGUGGUCUCUUGUCACAAUGUCCUUCUCUGGAAAAUAUCAGCUGGACAGCCAGGAUGGCUUUGUGCCUUUCAUGAAGGCUAUUGGUCUUCCCGAUGACCUCAUCGAGAAAGGCAAGGACAUCAAGAGCACCUCAGAGAUCGAGCAGAAUGGAGACCACUUUAAAGUGACUGUGACCACAGGGACCAAAGUCCUGGUCAACUCCUUUACUGUGGGCCAGGAGGCUGAUCUCGAGACCCUGACUGGAGAGAAGAUCAAGUCUGUGGUGAUGAAAGAGGGCAACAAGCUGAAGGUCACUCUGAAGGGCAUUGAGUCAGUCACAGAGCUUGUUGAUGGCAACACACUUGUCAACACCCUGACUCUGGGAAACAUCAUCUACAAGAGGACCAGCAAGCGUGUGUGAGGAGACUGUAUAAUAAGGAAACAAAUGAAUUGGGAAAAACUGUAAAAAUUGUAAUAAAAAAUCAUUUUUACA